UUUUUUUCCAGCGCCUUUAAACUCGCCCUCGCUCCUGCUAUACCCAAAAAGAGAUGGCUAGGGAAAGCAGCUGUUUGGCACGCGUGGCCGCCGGGGCGGCAGUCGGCGGCGCUGUUGGUGGCGCUGUAGGUGCUGUAUGGGGCACUGUGGAGGCUAUUAGAUACAAGGUGCCCGGUCUUUUGAAAAUCAGGCACAUUGGACAGACGACUGUUGGCAGUGCAGCAAUCUUUGGUCUUUUUCUGGGGGCAGGAAGUUUGAUACACUGUGGAAAGUCUUAUUAGUCAUUUCUAGAAUUGAUCAAUAAGUAAUGUUAUUUUUAUUUUUUAGUGGGGGAGGGAGGUCUUGAAAUGGACCAUGUGCAUGGAACCUCCUUGUUCUAGUGUUCAAAAAAGUAUUCUGCUGAAAUUAACUUUUGUCCUUGCUAUUGAGGAUUUGUUUUUUAGUACGGUUAGACUGCUGAAGUCUGAAUUGUUGAAUGAAAUGUUAUUUUCCUUUAAUUUUUUUUUUAAUGCA